AGGUUAAAGCGGGGAUAAACACGACCUGUAAUCCCGCUUCUCUCACCGCACGUACUCCGCUAAUACAAUUAAGCGACCGUCUCGGGUUCCAUCUCGGGUUUUGUUUUGAAAACAUGCUUUUCGGUGCACAAAUCAAUUAAAAAAACAUGCAAGAGUUCUGGAAGGCCUGCUUGAUUUAAAAAUAGAUAGGAAACAGGCCAUCUGUCUCUUAGCAUAGCGGAGCCGGGGAGGAUUUAAUCCAGAUUAUGGCCGAAGCACACAACCUUGUGUGUGUGUGUGUGUGUGAAAUUGUGUGUGUUUGUUGCUUGUCAUCAGUACUCCCUUGGCCACAUAGACAAGCAGCAGGUUAGCUCGGGAGCUAAGGGAACCGGAGCGGAGAAACCAACCCGACCCAUUUGCCUCGUUCCUCGUCCGCCCCAAAAAACAUCCAAAAAGUCACCAUGGCUUUCUUAAUCAAGAGCAUGAUCGGGAAUCCGCUUUCGGGAAUGGGCCUGGGCGGCGGAGGAGACAAGGAGGAGGAGGCCACCCCCUCGGACCCGGCCAAGGCGGCGGGCAUGACGCGCGAGGAGUACGAGGAGUACCAGAAACAGUUGGUGGAGGAGAAGAUGGAGAGAGAUGCAGAUUUCUUGCACAAGAAGGCAGAGAGGGCAACGCUGAGGGUGUGCCUCAGGGAAAAGUACAGGCUGCCUAAGAGCGAGCAGGACGAGAACAUGAUCGAGAUGGCCGGCGACGACGUGGACGUGCCCGAGGACCUGCUCAAGAUGGUGGACGAGGACGCCACCGAAGAGGAGGGCAAGGACUCCCUCAUGGGCCAGAUUCAGAACUUGCAGAACAUGGACAUGGACCAGUUGAAGGAGAAGGCGUCGGCCACCGUCACUGAGCUCAAGACCAAAGCCGAGGAGAAGUGCGUCGUCAUGUGAGGAAAUGUCAAGGAACAAGAAGAAAAUCCACCAUUAGAUUUGUUGUUUUAGCAACACUAUCAUCACCAACAAAUCGUUAGGUAGCCCGCAGACUACCGCCAGCAACAAGAACAUUUUUGUUUUCCCAUUUGUUCGUUGGUGGGUGACUUCCUGGUUCUCGAACAGAUGGGCGUGGCCAUUAUGAUUCAGUCAUCGAAAAUAACUUCCUGUAUCCGCACCUUUAUACAGAUCUUCACUAAACUGUAAUGUAAAUUUUGUGAAAAAUAUGUGUGUGUUCUUAUCUUAAUUCCCCUAACUAUCUGUCCGACUAUUUACGGUUUAUUCACGCUGUGACAAAAAAAAUAUGUCUUUUUUGAGAAUAUUGAUAGAACAACAAAGAUAGUGGUGGCCCAAAGACUUUUGCACUGUAAUUAAAACAAGACAUUUCUUGUUGACUUUUAACAUGAUUACAGCCAGCAUUCCUGAUUGUAGCAAUGCACAAAAAAAUCCUCAAUCCACCCUCUCAAAAAAGAUACAAAAUAAAACAAUCUAAAUAAAAUGUAAACAAUAAAAUGUGAAAAUGUAAUUAAAUUCAUUCAUGCCACAUGCUCGAAUCUACAGCUAUCUUUUUAAAAAAGAUAGCCUGUUUUAAAAAAUCUUAAAUUUGAACAUGACCACAGCCACCUUUCCUGUUUGAUUAAUCGUUGCAAAAACACAUUUUAAAAAAAUAAUAAUAAUAUUCCACCCACUCAAAAGAUGUACAAAAUGUUAUAAAAUUUAGACAAUAACAAUUUCAUGAAAAUAAUAUUGAUUAGGUUCCCUAAUUUACCAAAAUGAAAUUUUUGAAAAAAAAAAAUCUUGUUCACGAUCGCAGCCGGAUUCAAUGUCUGUUUAUUAACUGCAGCAACACCAAAAGUCUUUAAUCUACCCACUCAAAAAUAAAAUAUACAAAAUAAUAUAUGAUACAGACACUAAAACUUAAAAUUAGAUGAUUAUCUAUUCACCCCAGGUGCCCUGACUUCCCAUAAAGACCUUUUGGGGGCAGAAAAUCAUAAAUCCCCCCCACGUAAAUACCCUUCUUAUGGUUGCUUCAAAACUUUAUUUCUGUUUGCUGUAACAAGCGAGACCAUCAUAGUCUCCUAAAAAUAUUUUUUACAGCCAAGUAUGUUUAAAGAGAGUGUUUUGGUUUCCCUUUCGCUUUAAUGGUUAAGUUAGUUAUUUUUUUGUUGUUGUUGUUGUUUUUUUGUAUCUGGUGUUUGAGUUAAUUGAGACCAGUUCUAUCUGUUAUCAACGCAAAUCAGGCGCUUGUUAUAAUGUUCUCACAUUAAGAUAAAUAUAUAUAUAUAU